CACUCGGGGACGGUACGGGGAAGGCGCGAAGCAGGAGAAGUUCAAGUACGCCCUGACCCUGGUGUUCAUCCAGUGCGUGAUCAACGCCGCCUUCGCCAAGCUCCUGAUCCGUUUUUUCGACGCCGUCAAGGCGGACCGCACGCGGAGCUGGCUCUACGCCGCCUGCUCGCUCUCCUAUCUGGGCGCGAUGGUUUCCAGCAACUCGGCCCUGCAGUUCGUCAGUUACCCGACUCAGGUCCUCGGCAAAUCUUGUAAGCCCAUUCCAGUCAUGCUUUUAGGAGUGACUUUGCUGCGGAAGAAGUAUCCCCCGGCCAAGUACCUCUGCGUCCUCUUGAUAGUCGCAGGAGUGGCCCUCUUCCUGUACAAACCCAAAAAGGGGGCUGGGAGCGAUGACCACGUCUUUGGCUACGGAGAACUCCUUCUGCUGCUGUCGCUGACCUUGGACGGGCUGACUGGUGUAUCUCAGGACCACAUGAGAGCUCACUACCAGACGGGUUCCAACCACAUGAUGCUGAACGUUAAUCUCUGGUCCACCUUGUUCCUGGGGGCGG